AUGAAAAUAAGGCAAAUGAUGAGGCGAAAUGAAUCAAAUGAUAUUGGUAUACAUUAUGUGGAUGAUGAUGAUGGUGUUGAAUUUCAAUUAGAUCAAAGAUAUCUUAAUAAAGUUCAUGAAGAAUUGGAAAAAUUAAAUAUUGCCACUGAUGUUAUAAAUAAAUUGGAGGUACAACUUGAUGAAGCAAGAAAACAAUUUCGAUUGACACAACAAAAAUGGUCACAAAAACUUGAUGAAUUAUCAAAAAAAUAUGGAAAUGUUAUUUCUAAAAGUCGACCUUACUAUGAGGCAAAAUUACAGGAAAGAACACUACGCGAGGAAGCACAGAAUGCUGCGAUUAGAUUUGAACGUGCGAAUACAUUAUUAGCUGUUGCAAAAGAGCAAGUUAAAUUUACACAAGAAAGUUUAAGUAGACAAAAAGUUGCAGAACCAGCAUGUCUUGAAGUUCUUAAUCAUCAUAUUCAAAGAAUAGCAGAGGCUGAAAAAGAAAGAACUAGUGCUGAGAAUUGUCAUAAAGAGAUUUCUAUAAAAAUGACGGAAAUGAGUCAGAAGAUAAAACAAAUGGAAAGAGAUCAUAAUAGGGCAAUUAAAAAAUCUAGAUAUUAUUUUGAGCAACGAAUGGAAUUUACAAAAAUAUUAGAAGGUCAAAAACAUUUAAUAAAUAAACUUGAAAAAGAAGUUAAACAAAAAAAAUCUGAUUAUACUUUAAGUUUAAAAAAUUUAGAAAGAAUUUCUGAAUCAAUUCAUGAAGAAAGAAGUUUAUCAAGUAUUAAACGUAGUAGUAGAGCAACUUCACCUGUCUCCUCAUCACCUUCUACCAAUCGUCAUGAUUAUGAUUCUGGUAAACAUUAUGAUUAUAAUUCUCUCACUAAUGAUUGUAUGUCAGAAGCAUAUGCAUCAGAAAGUAGUGGUGUUCCACCUGAUCCAUCAGAAUUAGCAACUAUUGAAGAUGAUUUAGAUUCAAUUGAUGGUGGAUCAUCAUUUAAUGGUGAUAAUGGUGUUAUUCUUCUUGCUCAACAAUUAAUUGGAGAGGAAGAAAAAGAAAAAUCAUCAAAUAAUGUAGGAUAUAGAUUUCGACCAGAACAAACAGAUAUACGAUAUACAACAAUGCCAGAAGGAAUAAGACCUUUACCAUCAAGUAGUGGAUAUGGAAGUGAUGCAUCAUUAUCCAGUUUUGAUGAUACAGUUGAAUUAUCAAAAAUGCUAAGAUCUCAUUCUCAGUUGAUUCAUGAUAUUGAUAAUGGAGCAAUUAGAUUAAAAAACAUAUUACAUCAACGUAGUGUAAGUGAUGUACAAAAUGAAAGUGUUUGUUAA